AUGGAUAGUAUAAGCACUUGUUUAUUAUUAUUGAAUAAGAAAUGUAAUAAAGAAAGUUAGUGUACUAAAGAUGAGCUUAACAAUUCUAUAGAUUUGUAAUUUGACUCAAAAGUUAGUUUACAGGAAAGACAAAUUGUGAAAUAUCUCCAUGAAAUGGGAAUAUAAACAAAAACCGAUCCUGUAUUGAAGGAAUAACAAUACUGGAAUCAAAGAAGGAUUGAAAGCAAUAAGAAAUUGGAAGAAUUUUAGAGUUGUUCAUAGUUAUCAUUUAAUUCUUGUGUAUUAAAAUUAUUAAACAGAAGAGAAUCUUCGUUUGGCAAUAAAUUUCACAAAAAUUAAAGUAUUUUGCAAACAUCUCUAGCAUCAUGA